AUGAAGGCCUUCUCAGCGCCGACAAUUCGGGCAGUCACCCGAAGGCGCGUGGCUAAAUUACCCUUCGUGAGGGAUACCAGGCUUCCCAGGUCGCGAUGCCUGGCGACACAAGCCGGUGAAGCCGGUAAUCUUAACUCACCACCAGCGAUCGGAUUCGCUCCUUUAACAGACCGAAAGCUCAUUGCCAUCGCCGGUGUCGACGCGACCAAAUUUCUCCAAGGUCUCAUCACAGCCUCGAUUUAUAAGCCUGGCGCUCCAUCUCCCGAAGAGCCACGAGACGAGGGCUUCUACACCGCGUUCCUAACGGCGCAGGGCCGAGUCUUACACGACGUCUUUAUACACCCUAAUCCGCAAUUACACGGUAUUGCCGAGGCGCAGAGGAAAGGGCUUGUACCAGAGCACUCAUUCUUGAUCGAGGUGGCCGACAGCCAGGUCAACGCGCUUUACACUCUGAUACGAAGGUACAAACUGAGAAGCAAAUUUACACACAACAAAGUAAACCAGGAGGAUCUUGUUGUAUACUCUUAUUGGAACGAGACCCUGUCGGAUCCGCCAGGUACACCAGAGGGUUUAGCGAGCUAUGGGAAGGAGGCACAUAUAACCCGGGACUCGCGCGCACCAGAUCUCGGCUGGCGCGUACUAGCAACCGGACAACAAGAGCUCAGGGCAGAUGCGGAGGAGUGUGGUCUCAGCACUUAUAAAGUCCGACGGAUGCUUCGCGGUGUGCCGGAAGGUCCUGACGAAAUCGUACCAGACAAAACGCUCCCGCUUGAUGCGAAUAUAGACUUAAUGGGUGGUAUUGACUUCAGGAAAGGGUGUUACGUUGGUCAAGAGCUCACAAUUCGGACUAAGCAUCGCGGUGUAGUACGGAAGCGUAUCUUGCCGUGUAUGAUCUAUGGGGAGGACGAACAAAUACCGCAGGAACUCGUUUACAGGUCUAUCCCCGGAGAUGGCAUAGUGGCAGCAAAUGUGCCGACCAAAACGGAGAUAGGUCUGGUGGGAGGAAAUAAAACCCGAAGAACCGCCAACUGGAUCGCGGGCAUUGGAAAUAUUGGGUUGGCUAUGUGUCGACUUCAGCCAAUGACAGAUAUCGAAUUGCCUGGCGAGAGCGCUGACGCCCCAUCACCUUAUGACCCGAGCCAGGAAUUCAUGCUGAAGUUGGGUCCGUCCUCAGAAGGAAGCGCUGGCAAAAUCCUCAAGGUCAGGCCCUUCGUACCGGAUUGGAUGCGGGAGAGGCUGGCCCAGAGUGUCAACCACAAUCGGACAUAA